AUGCCCGCCGCCUCCCCCUCAUCGUCGUCGUCGUCGUCGGCUCCGGUCCGCACCACGGCCGUCACGGCACAGGGCACGCCCGUCCAGCUCGACUCGGUCGACGAUGCCCUCGCCAGCUUCCGCAACGGCGAGUUCCUCGUCGUCGUCGACGACAUGGACCGCGAGAACGAGGGCGACUUGAUCAUCGCCGCCGACAAGAUCUCGCAGCAGCAGAUGGCCUGGCUCAUCCAGCACUCGUCCGGCUACAUCUGCAUCUGCCUCCCCGCCGAGCGACUCGCCGAGCUGGACAUCAAGAUGAUGGUCGACGACAACAAGGAGAAGCACCGCACAGCCUACACCGUCACCUGCGACUACAAGCACGGCACGACGACGGGCAUCUCGGCGCACGACCGCGCAUUAACCGCCCGCAAGCUCGCCGACCAGUCGACCAAGGCCGACGACUUUACCCGGCCAGGGCAUCUCGUCCCGUUGCGCGCUGUCGAGGGCGGCACGCUCGUCCGGAGGGGACACACCGAGGCGUCGGUCGACCUGUGCCGCCUCGCCGGCCUCCCAGCAGCAGGCGUCAUCUGCGAGCUCGUCAAGCCCAACGACCCGAACGGCGACAUGGCGCGGCGCGACGACUGCUUUGCGUUUGCGCGCGAGUGGGGGCUCAAGAUGAUCAGCAUCGAGCAGAUCGAGCAGUACAGGAGGGACAAGGGCCUGUAG